AGAGGGCAGCACAAGAAGCAUAACUGCAUAAGCAUAAAACUAAGUUUUGUAGUAAAGAUGGGGAGCCAAUACACUCCACUGUUUACCACCUUCCUAGUGGUGUUUCUUGCUCUAUGCUCCCCUUUAGAAACCUCAGCUGAUUAUUACAAGUAUUCAUCUCCUCCACCUCCAAAGUACAACUCCCCACCCCCGCCGGUUUACACUUCACCACCACCUCCAAAAUACAAGUCGCCACCUCCUCCGGUUUACAAGUCUCCACCUCCUCCGGUUUACAAGUCUCCACCUCCUCCGGUCUACAAGUCGCCACCCCCUCCGGUUUACAAGUCUCCACCUCCUCCCGUCUACACGUCUCCUCCCCCACCGGUUUACAAGUCUCCACCUCCUCCGGUCUACAAGUCUCCACCACCACCUCCUCCUGUCUACAAGUCUCCUCCCCCACCGGUUUACAAGUCUCCACCUCCUCCGGUCUACAAUUCUCCUCCACCGCCAGUUUACAAGUCUCCACCACCACCUCCUCCCGUAUACAAGUCUCCUCCCCCACCGGUUUACAAGUCACCACCACCUCCUCCGAAGUAUGAGUCACCUCCACCACCGGUUUACAAGUCUCCCCACCACCCCCGCCAGUUUACAAAUCCCCACCACCCCCGCCCCCAGUGUACAAAUCUCCGCCACCACCACCCCCGGUCUACAAGUCUCCUCCACCACCCCCACCAGUAUACAAGUCACCACCGCCUCCUCCGAAGUACAAGUCGCCACCCCCACCUUACUCUUACUACUCGCCUCCUCCUCCUUACCACUACUAAGCAAUUCCGCUCAGCUUUGAAGGACCAAGGGAUGCGAAUGAUGAGAAGUUUUUAA